GUAGUUAUACCCACCAACCUGGAAUGUGAUUUUAAUAAAGAAGUUUGUGAUCCAGCCUAUUGUCAGCUAUUGAAGGGGCGUGGAAAAUUUAAGUAUAUGAGCGCUGGCUGCAACUUCGUUAAACCACUCAAAGCGGCAAUGCUAGAGAUUGAGAUUUUCCGUCGCAAUAAAAUGGAGGAAUACAAAAGCAUGAAUAUGAAGGUGUUAAUCGAUGCUUGUAAGCUGGAAAGCGCAAAAGGUGGCAAUGGCGUCAUCAACUAUAUAAUAAGCAUGAGCAUGCGCAGUCUGAGCAGCGUAAAGUGUCCACUACGGGGAAACAUGACAAUAACGCGUAUGCCAAUAAUGAUUUUUAUAGCGGAAGGUUUUUUUGCCGAAGGCGAAUAUAAAGUUUCCACUAAAGUAUAUAGCGGUGCUUUAACUGUAUUAAAUCUAUCGCUUAGUAUCACUUCGGGCAAGAAUUGAAAGUGAAAGCGGAAAAACUUUGCAGGUGUCCUCCUGAUUAAAUGUGAUUACUUAAAAUGAGUUAUUUUAUUAGAUAUAUAAUAAAUUUUCAAAAUUUAACAAUUUCAAAUAAUAUAAUAAAAUUUUUAUACUCUCGCAACAAAAGUUGCUAAAGAGAUUAUUAUAGUUUUGUCCACAUAACGGUAGUUUGUAAGUCCUAAAACUAAACGAGUUAGAUAUAGGGUUAUAUAUACCAAAGUGAUCAGGGUGACGAGUAAAGUUCAAAUCCGGAUGUCUGUCUGUCCGUCCGUGCAAGCUGUAACUUGAGUAAAAAUUGAUAUAUCUUAAUGAAACUUGGAACAUGUAUUCCUUGGCACCAUAAGAAGGUUAAGUUCGAAAAUGGGCGGUAUCGGACCACUGCCACGCCCACAAAAUGGCGAUAACCAAAAACACAUAAAGAGCUAUACCUAAGCCAUAAAUAAUGUUAUGAAAAUAAAAUUUGGAACAUAGUAUCGCAUUAGGGAGGGGCACCUUUGAAUGUAAUUUUUUUGGAAAAGUGGGCGUGACCCCGCCCCCAAAUAGGUUUUUUUGUAUAUAUCUUGCAAACCAAUAAAGCUAUAUAAACCAAACUUUCUGCAGUCGUUCCUUUCAGGCGUUUCCUUAUACAGUCCAAAAAUGAAAGAAAUCGGAUAAUAACCACGCCCACCUCCCAUACAAAGGUUAGGUUGAAAAUGAC